UUUUUACAAUUUUCUGAAGGGUACCAGAGAGAACUAUUGGAAGUAUAAUUGCUCAAGAGUAUCAGAGAAAAAUGAAGAAAGUUCAUCACAAACAUUACUCUGCAGAAGCAGUUGAAAUGUAUUAUAACAGAUAUUUAAAAGCUGUGAAAAGAAAAGAUGCUCCAGGAUUUCUUUUAAGAAUGGCAGAUGAAAUUGAUCUUUCACCUGCACUUCUUGCAAGGCUUAUUCUAGAACAGCAUUCCACCCAAAAACCUGAUGGAGGAGAAGCCCCUGUUAAGCACGUCAUUACCCAGAUGAUGAGGGAUACAAGCUUGAUUGAAGAUGGGGACUUAGCUGUGGAAGUUUUUCAGUGUAUAAUUAAUGACGAUAAUUAUGGACCAGUAGCAGAUGCUGUAAAACAUGCUGUUGGUUUAGAGUUUGAACAGAAACUGAAAGAAGAACUGCAAAGGUUAGGUAUAGCAUUUGUUGAUGAAUCUAUUCUUCGAGAAAAAGGUUACGAUAAAACCCCAGACACAAAACUGGAGGUUCCUGUUGCAAUUGAUGGACAUGUAGUUAAUUGGAUUGAAAGUAAAGCCUCUUUUGGAGAUGAAGAAAGUCACAGAAAUUAUUUAAAGGACCAAUACUGGAGUUACUGGAAUAGGUUUGGUCCUGGAAUGGUGAUUUAUUGGUUUGGAUUCAUUGAAGAGCUAGACACUCACAGAAAUACUGGUAUCCUUCUUUGUGACUGUAUGCCAAAGAUUAUUACUUACAUGAAUGCGCAGGCUCUCAGACAGUGUUAACCUUUUCAUCAGUUGUAGAGUGUAUACUAAUGUCAAUAAAUACUCAAACAUA